AUGUCUACGGUACUGGAUAUUGUUAGGGGCAAAGCUACAACACGUGCAGGCUUAAAAUGUCUUGCAGGAGUGAGCCGAUGUAUCAAGUCAGUGUUUUUUCAUUCCCCAGGCAAGUCUAGUGCCAAGUUAUCGACACCAGAAGGCUUAGCUGGCACCAGUGCGGCUUCGAACCAUCCAUCGUCAAUCUCCUAUCGACUGUGCUACACCCGCUUUCUGGAUUAG